CGGUGAGGUUGCCAAGGAGUUAGUUCUGGUUGCAGGCUGGCAGUCCACCGUUGUCGGCGGAUAUAUCUGUAAAGUGGCGGAUCGGAGCGGUGUGCUCGAGAUUGUUUAACUACAAGACAACAGUACAUUCCAUGAAACAUGGGGGACAAUUUAGCACAUGAAGCUGAGCUAAAUGGUUUGAUAAAAGAGUAUUUGAAGUUUGCUGCUUUUGAGGAAACUGUGAACGUGUUUGUUAAGGAAUGCAAAAACAAGGGAAAGGCAAUCCUGAAACCACCAAUAAGUGCUGGCCAAGGCGUUAAGACUUCGCAAAUUCAGGAAGAUCUGCUUAAAGCAUUUGAUGAUGGAAACGGAAAGGUAUUUUUCAAGCUGUGGGAACAGCACAUUUUGCCUCAAACUGGAGUUGAUGAGCAGCUGCCUCAGAAAUUGGAGUUUUACCUUCAAGUUCAUUUUGCUAUCUUUCCUCUGAAGAAUUCUAGAAAGUGUGACAAAGAUGAUAUGGAUGAAAGAACAUCUCAUUUCAAAAGCUAUCUGGAAACCAGAGGUGCUGCGUUAAGUCAGACAACAGAGUUUUUGCCCUUUUAUGCACUUCCGUUUGUCCCCAAUCCCACUGUACAUCCCUCCUUUAAGGAACUUUUUCAGGAUUCGUGGUCUCCGGAAUUGAAAAUGAGACUUCAAAGAUUUCUGUCUGCAACUUUGAAAGUAACCAAUGUUCCAAAGCUGCUGUUUUUAUUUAAAGAAAACGGACAGAGUUCGAAAGAAUCGUUGCAACAACUUCAGCAACAGUUACUGGAAACUGAGAGAAAAGCAGCAACAUACAUGAAGAAGUACAGAAAGAUGCAAGAGGAUUACCACAGCUUGAUUGGAGUCACUGCAGAGCUUGUAGAUUCUUUGGAAGCUACAGUAAAUGGGAAAAUGAUUACACCUGAAUAUCUUCAGAGUGUCUGUGUACGGCUGUUUAGCAACCAAAUGAGGCAAAGCUUGGCCCAAAGCAUUGACUUCACAAGACCAGGAACUGGCCCUUGUAACAGUGAUGGAUCUGCAUCAUCUAUGUUGAGGGCAUCCAUUGUUCCUACAAUGAAAUCAAAAGAUGUACCUUUAUUGCCGUCUCUUGAUUAUGAAAAGCUGAAGAAUGAUUUAGUCCAUGGAAAUGAUCGACUAAAAGCACUUCUUUUGCAAGCACUGCGUUGGCGGCUGACACAGUCUCAUCCUGGAGAGCAAAGGGAUACAGUCCUUCAGGCUUACAUUAGUAAUGAUCUGCUGGAAUGUCAUAUUAAGAGUCAGAAGAGCUUAAUUAAUUUGUUAAAUUCAAAGAGUGAGAUUGUCCGACAGUAUACAGCACGACUAAUAAAUGGCUUUGCAUCGCUGUCACAUGGUCGAGCUUACUUAGCACAGAGCACAGUGUUAUUGAAGAUACUUGAAGAAGCACUGGAGACAGAGGAGGAAGAUUCCAUAACUAGAGAAAAUGUGUUAGGAGCCCUACAGAAACUUAGUCUCAGACGAGCACUGCAGUCAGCUAUGGUCAAAGAUAACAUUAUUUUCUGGUUGCUGAGCAUACUGGAGGACUCUGAUUCAUUGUCGGAUUACACUUUGGAAUACUCCGUUGCAUUAUUUAUGAACCUGUGCCUUCGGACCCAAGGUAAACGGAAAUGUGUAGAAGAUACAAGACGAGUGUUAAAAGUAUUGUCUGAUCUUUUGGGUCAUGAAAAUCAUGAGAUAAGGCCAUAUGUUAAUGGAGCUUUGUACAGCAUUCUUGCCAUCCCUUCAAUACGCGAGGAGGCAAAAGCUAUGGGCAUGGAAGAAAUUCUGCGGUGUUUUAUUAAAGAAGGGAAUACUGAGAUGAACAGACAGCUUGAGUUUAUUAUAAAACAACUCAAUUCAGAGGAGGUGCUUGAAGAAUCAGAUUCUGAUGAUGAAGAGGAAGAAGAUGAUGAUGAUGAAGAUGACCAGGAUGCACUGGAAGCUGACCUGGACAAGGCUGAAAUAUUAAAACCCCAGCCUGGAGAGUUAUCAGGAGAAAAACUACUGACAGCUGAGUAUCUAGGGGUGGGUGUUCAUUAUCAGACAUCAGGAAGCACUAUAAUGACAAACACAAUGAAGGCCAAGAGAAAGCCUAUGUCACUUUUGAAUGAAAGCGUUGAUGAACCUCUCCGACGACCAGUUACGCCUAGCAUGCACAGAGUGGGUUACACAUUGUUGGGAACUGUACCAAAUAAACAUGAAAGUAGAAGCCCCAGCACAGAGAGCAACCUUUAUUCAUGUCAAACCUCUCGACCACCUACUCGAAGUGGGAGUAGAGCAAGUAAUUCUGGCCUUGGUGCUUCUCCUAUCAAUUUUAACUGUAAUACAUCACACCUGGGUUCUCCAGUUGAAGAUUUUGAUCAGGAUCUUACAGCAGCUACAAGCUUGCUUGGUAUCAAAUCUUUUGACAGAUCGAAUAGACAGUCUAUCAGGCAAAAUGAUUAUGAACUUGCAUUUGACAGUAGGCCCAAGAUUCCUCGAACUCCAGAUGUGUCUACUAGCCCACAAAAGAUCAAGACUCCAACAAUUGCCCCUCAGUUUUCUCAGUCCGGUCCUCAGCAGACAAGCCGUCCAGGUUCUGCAGGAUCCUCUAACAGAAGCAGACAGAGCAGCCAGUCAUACAGGAAAUGACAAUAGAUUUUUCCUCAGGAAUCACCUGCUGAAUCCUUCACCAACUUCCUGUAAUGAUCCUCCUCAUCACAUACGAUCCACAGUACUGGAAUGAUAAAAUCAAGUGAAAUAUACUGCAGUAUAGGAAUUAUAUUGUCCAUAUUCAGCAUGAACUUUUUAUGUUAUAUAACUAAGUGAAUUUUUUGACAAUGAUUUCAGAAAUGUAAAUAAGAGUAAUUUAUCCUUUUAUUCUUUAUUAUAUUUUCACAGGUAGUACUCCAAUUUUGGGAAGGUGUUAAAUUCUGUUUUUGACUUUUGUUUUGUAAUGUUUUUUGAGGGUUGUUUUUGCUUUACAUCAUAUUCCUAUGGUCAUGAAAUGAAUGAAAGAUUAUUGCUCUGAAAGUGCAGCACUGUAAUAUGUUGUGCAUUUGUCUGAAAUAGUCACUAUUUUUCAUUUAUAUAUUUAUGUAAACAGUGUUUGCAUUAUAUUUGACAUGUGAUAUGGAAACUGUAAUUUUGUCAAAAAAGAGAAAUAAAAUCUGGUCAUAGAAAGUUUUUAAAUUUUCAACCAGUUUAUUGACAAAAGCAUUUGUACACUUUCUCACAUGUUGCCAUUCCUACAUAUAUUCAAAUAAUGUUUAUUAAUUGCAGACAGAAGAAGCACCAAUAUGAAAAUUCUGAAAGUCACAUCAGCCAUCAUUGUGCUUUUUCUUAAAAUAACAUUUUCUUAAAAUUUCUUUUAAUAUGGAAUGUUAUUUUUCUAAAUGAAAAUUUGAGUGGAAGUAUCAAAGUUCAUUUCAAUUAGUACCCCAACAACUAUCAGAGAGGAGGAUUUGCUUCCAUUAAGGUGAACUUUACCAAGAUGAAAAGCUUCCAGACCUGGCUUUCUUAAAAUAUGUUUUAGUUUUUGGCUUGAAAACACAGGAGUUUUAUAAAAAGUACUCAUUUUCUGUUUGUGCUGAUCCUGCCCAUUGCCUUUAUUUACUGGUUGCUUCGGAUGCUGCCAGAACAAUAGCAAUCAUUGGCAGAGUAGGAUAUGCCAGAUUCCCCUAGUCCAUAUUUUGUUGCUUGCCUUGUGUGUGGAGAGUUCUGUUUUUUAAGCGUUCAUGUUUCAUUUGCUGUUGUCGAGGUGGAGGACACAGAGGGUGCUUUCUUCAGACCUGAAGUGUAAGGUAACAAUUGAAUGCCUGUCUCUGUACUAACUUGGUAGCUAGAGUAAAUAACUACUUUAAAUAGUAAUCACAGCCUUUUAAAAGCUGAAGGGGUUGCACUGUGUUAUCAUAGGGACACGGCAUGAAAAUGACCUGGAACAUUGUACAAUCUUCCAGGAUUCUACCUUCACAGGUUCACAUCUAAAUGUCAUCAAUGGGUAAACCGAUCAUGGUCAUGAUUGGCUGAUUCUGUCCACCUGUCUAAGACUGUGGUCAACAGAAAAACUUUACCCGCCUUAGCAUUAAACACCUCGGGUCAUUCUGUAUAUAAAUGGCCAGUUAAAAAUUACACUCCUCUGAGCCAACUGGUAGCUCAAUUAUGUGUUUCCUUUCUUGGCUAAGGCAGCUGAAUAGGUUGAUUUGUGCUAUGUGAGUUGUCUAGUGAGUAUUUCAAAUUAUUGCUUCGUGCCUCUACCCUCACUUUCCUUUGCCCUGUUCCCAACUUAACUGAGUGAAUUGGAAUAAAGAGUUUCAGAUCACCACUUCCUCUUUCGAUCGCAGAGUUUAUAUCUGUUCCAAAAUUAGAGGCAGUUCUGCCCAAAUUAAAUUUUUGUGACUUAAUACAUAACUCUUCAUUCUCAUCAUGAUAGUUCACAAAUGACAUUUGUAACAGCUGCUUUUCUGUCCUGCAAAUAUUAAUCCUUGCCUUUGUUCACUGGGUCAGCAAGAUUCUUAGUUUGAGUCUGAGACAAUAAAAGGAAACCACUUGCAUAUGAUCUAUUCUGAUAAAGAUGUUGUGUUUGAAAUGAAAGACAAAGACUUCCUGCAGCUGUACCUAAAUACUCUGUCACCGUGUGGCUUUCCUACUAAUGUAAUUGAUAGUUUAAAAAAUGAGAGAGCUUGCUGACUUGGUUUGUGGUCAUCCCUUUGUACAACUGAUCAUUUCUAACAGAGUAACUCCAAUAAUAUACAUCUCCAUUUUAUACAUAAGCUUAAUAGAUUCUACUGGUAACAACUCUUGGUUAACAUUUAUGUGAAAUUGAUAAAACAAUAAGAGUCAAUAUAGCUUCUGAAAUCUAUGUUUUUCUAUUUAAAAUGUAAUGGAUGUUAUUAAAAGUAAUGAUUUAUCGUGUUCAGAUGCAACUCCUGUGAUAAUGUAAGACAAUUGUGCAUGCUAAUUGAUUUAUAUUGCUUCACU